AUAGUCAUUGCGCGGGCACGGCACUUCCUGCUCGUGCACGCGACUCCUGCCUCCCUCUCAAGAUGGCUGCCCACAGCGCUGUUCUGUCCGUGUCCAAAAUCAUUAAUCCUUUCUGGGGUGGACGCCUUGGAAAUACGGUUAAAGUAUUUGGAACAACUCUGACCAGCCACAGGAAUAAGACACAGCUAACUGGAGAAAACAUACCCCCUCCUGCAAAGUAUGGAGGCAGACACACUGUGACCCUCAUACCUGGAGAUGGAAUUGGUCCAGAGCUUCUCAAUCACGUCAGAGAGGUUUUCAGGUUCAGCUGUGUGCCCGUGGACUUCGAGGUGGUUCAUGUCAACUCUGCUUUGGAGACGGAGGAAGAUAUCAACAAUGCCAUCACUGCGAUCCGCCGUAAUGGAGUUGCCCUCAAAGGUAACAUAGAAACCAAACAUACCAUGCCGCCAUCUGUCAAAUCCAGGAAUAAUCUCUUGCGCACGAGUUUAGACCUGUACGCCAACGUGAUGCACUGUCAGUCCCUCCCCGGAGUCCAGACUCGCCACCAGAACAUUGACAUCAUGAUCAUCAGGGAGAACACAGAGGGAGAGUACAGCAGUCUGGAGCAUGAGAAUGUGCCCGGUGUAGUGGAGAGUCUGAAGAUCAUCACCAGGAACAAUUCCCUCAGGAUCGCUGAGUAUGCCUUCCGACUGGCCAGGGAGAAAGGUCGCCGUCGAGUCACUGCCGUACACAAGGCUAACAUCAUGAAGCUUGGUGAUGGCUUGUUUCUGCAGUGUUGCAGAGAAGUGGCCUCGGGUUACCCAGACAUCACCUUUGACAGCAUGAUUGUGGACAACACCACCAUGCAGCUGGUGUCCAAACCUCAGCAGUUUGAUGUGAUGGUGAUGCCUAAUCUGUAUGGGAAUGUGGUUAGCAAUGUGUGCGCUGGCCUGGUGGGAGGGCCUGGCCUUGUUCCUGGAGCCAAUUAUGGCCGUGACUAUGCUGUUUUUGAAACGGCCACGAGGAACACGGGAAAAAGCAUUGCAGAAAAGAACAUUGCAAACCCCACUGCUAUGCUGCUAGCCGGCUGCAUGAUGCUGGAUCACCUUAAGCUUCACGAUUACGCAAGUUCAAUCCGGAAUGCGGUCUUCACCACAAUGAACGAAAACAGGUUGCACACAGCUGAUCUCGGGGGCCAGGGCACCACAUCAGAGGUGGUUCAGUCUGUCAUGAGGAUCAUUCAGAGUAAAGGACAGCUCACUGCAGAGCUCUGAACAACCACACGGUUAUCGGUGGAGUGAGUUUAAACAGGUGUCUGCACCCGGUACAGGUGUACAGGAUGUAGGAGAUGUCCAUGCAUGUCUGCUGCCAUAAGGUCCUUUUUUUUUGUUCACACGGCCUACUGACCCGGGAACUGUACCAACAGCCUUUUAUCCACACCUGUGUGUUUCACGCAUAGUAAUGCCCCAUAAAAACACUCAAUUUGUUUACUUUUGAUAAAGUUCCAUUAUCACUCUUGCUACAGAAAUGGUGAGGUUCAUACAGUUAAAAAUCCACAUCCUUGCAAUUAGAAAAUCUGAUUUCCAGUUUGUCACCAAACACACGUUGAGGUGAAAAAUACUGAUCAUAUGCAAAUCUGGGCAUGCAUUGACGUCAACAUUCUUCACUGUGGGUUAUUUAUUUUUCAGAUUCUGAUUUUGAUACAGCCUUUCAGUCAACUAAAAUGUGCAAUGUUUGUUUAACUGCUUAACUUUGUUUGUCAUACUGUAACUUAAACAUUAAGCUGCCUUGUAGAUGCUGUUAUGUCCUGAACAUUCACAUCAUGUUAAGUGUACUUCUCUGUUGUCAGAUCAGGGGUACAUCAGGUAAUUUCUGCCAAAGCUGGACAAUAUCACACGGUUAGACUGUUGUCUUUAAGUCUUAACCCGGCAAGUGCUCUUAAAGGCUGCUACGGAAAAACGGUUACAUUGUGUUUGUUGGCGGGCACUUAUACUGUAUAUCAUAUUAUCAAUAAAGGAAUAAUCUACUUCAAA